CUCCUGCCCACAUCCACCUCCAGAGCGAGGAUGAUGGUGGCACUGCCCAGCCUGGCGCUGGCCCUGCUCUGCCUGCUGCGGGCAGGGGCCGAGGUCCCCGUGCAGCCAGACUUCGACACCGAGAAGUUUGCAGGGAUGUGGUAUGUCACAGCCACGGCUUCCAACUGCUCUGUCUUCCUGAAGAUGAAGGACGGGAUGAAGUCGUCCAUCACCACCAUCAGCUUCACACCAGAGGGGGAUCUGGCCAUGAAGUUGGUCUGGCCCCUGCUGGACAAAUGCCAGAAGUUUGAGCUGCUCUUCCAGCAGAGCGGGCAGGCAGGGCACUACAUGGGUACGUGAGCACAAGAGAAGAGGGACCUGCUCGUGAUGGAGACAGACUACAGCCACUAUGCCAUCCUGCACGAGGCCCAUCACAGCGAGACAGAGCCUAGCACCGCGCUGCAGCUCCUCACAAGGGAGCAGGAUGUGAGUCCCCAGCUUCUGCAGAAGUUCAUGGAGCUCGUCCCCACCGUGGGCCUGACCAAGGACAUGCUGGCCAUCCUGCCCGAGUCGGACCAGUGCACCAAGGCCAUCAGCUAAAGGCUGUUGUGUCCUCCAGACUUGGUGGACACUGGGCUCUGAUCCCCACUCUGUGGUGCCCCCUUCCCAUCCUUCCCAGCUGAACUCUGCCGGACCCCCUGCCCCACACCAGGAUCACCCCUCGAUCUCCUAAAUAAACAGAUGCAGAAGCUGU